AUGAACUAUGACCAAGGACUAAUCGGGUGGGCAGUGUGUCAGCCGCAAUUAGCACCGACCAAAUGUGUGGACAACGGCCAGUGCAAGCAAAUAGAUCCGACACAACUCAACGUACAUCUGGUUCCGCACACUCACGAUGACGUCGGUUGGCUCAAGACUGUCGACCAGUAUUUCUACGGCACCAGGAAUGGUGACCAAAGGGCGGGCGUCCAGUAUAUCAUCGACUCAGUAGUGGAGCAGUUGCUAAAGAACGAGACCCGAAAGUUCAUCUAUGUUGAGACGGCAUUCUUCUGGAAGUGGUGGCAAUUGCAGACACCUGAACAUCAGGAGAGGGUCAAGAAGUUGGUUAACGAUGGUCAAUUGGAGUUCAUAAACGGCGGGUGGUGUAUGAAUGAUGAGGCGGCCGCUCAUUACCAGUCCAUUGUAGACCAGAUGACUUGGGGUCACCGACGCCUUCAGGACACGUUCGGUCAAUUGGAGUUCAUAAACGGCGGGUGGUGUAUGAAUGAUGAGGCGGCCGCUCAUUACCAGUCCAUUGUAGACCAGAUGACUUGGGGUCACCGACGCCUUCAGGACACGUUCGGUGAGUGCGGUAUCCCUCGCAUCGGGUGGCAGAUCGACCCCUUCGGUCACAGCCGAGAACAGGCCUCACUCUUCGCGCAGAUGGCGUUCGACGCCGUCUUCUUCUACCGAAUCGAUUACGAAGACCACAACAUUAGAGUGAAGGAGAAGAGGAUGGAGUUGUUAUGGCAGGGAAGCGAUGACUUGGGAAAGGCUUCAGAUAUAUUCACUCACAUUAUGGAAAUGGGUUACGGUCCACCCCCGGGUUUCAACUGGGAAACAGCUCGAGACAACCCAUCCGAUGACGCAAUCAUCGACGAUCCCGAGUCCGAAGACUAUAAUGUGGACAAAAUUGUGGACAAGUUUAUCACUUAUGCCAAACAGUACUCCAACUAUUACUCCACGAAUAAUGUAUUGUUUCCAAUGGGAACCGACUUCUGCUAUGAAGACGCAAACGCGUGGUUCAAGAAUAUGGAUAAACUUAUCAAAUAUGUGAACGCGAGGAAAGUCAACGGAUCUAAUGUUAAUGUUUUCUACUCGACUCCAACCUGUUAUCUAAAUGGUAUACAUCAGGCGAACCAUACCUUUACCACAAAGUCGGACGACUUCUUCCCAUAUGCAUCGUAUUAUCACUCUUAUUGGACGGGAUAUUUCACGAGUCGACCGGCGCUCAAACGCUAUGAAAAGGUGGGCAAUAAUGCUCUUCAAGUGUGCAAACAAUUGGAUGUCUUGAGUCUCGGGAACGGCAAAAAUGAGGACAAAAUAACGCCAUUACGGGAAUGGUUGGGAGUUAUGCAACAUCACGACGCUAUCGCUGGUACUGAGAAACAACACGUAUCCGAUAAUUAUGCCCUAAAACUGUAUAAGACUAUAGAGAAGUGUCAAUCAGUAGUCGAUGAGUCUCUGAAUAUAUUGAUUGGCGAUAAAAAUUUGAAUCAAUUGUUUUGCAAUCAACUGAAUGUCAGCGCCUGUGCUGUCACUGAAGGCACCGACAAUAUAGCGGUCACUCUAUAUAACGCAUUCGGACAUAAUGUCAAUCAUGUGGUAAGACUUCCCGUCACAUCAAAGGCUUACAAAGUGUUUGACCCGAAGGGAAAUGCUGUCAAAUCAAAUAUCGUAGCCAUUCCUGAAUCAGUUCUCAGUCUUAAAGAAAGAAAGAGUAAAGCAAAGCUACUCAACCAUAAACUUCGAGUCCACGGCCCAAAGGAUAAUAACGAUGAUUUUCAUCAGCCAUCGGGUGCUUAUGUCUUCAGAUCAGAUGGCGAUUCCCCUCAACUUUACAAUACAACUACACUUCAGGCAGAUUUGAUCGAGACAUGCCUACACUUUCUUCAAGCACCUAAAGAGAUUAUCUCCCGAUGGGAGACAAACCUCACCACAAAUGGACUCUUCUAUACCGACGCUAAUGGACGACAACUUCUGGAACGAAAACGAGACUUUAGGCCCACUUGGAAACUAACGGUCUAUGAAGAAAUUGCUGGAAAUUAUUAUCCCGUCAACAGUCGGAUAGCUAUUAGAGAUGAGAAACAAGACAUUCAAAUGACUGUUUUGAACGAUAGGUCACAGGGAGGCAGUAGUAUUAAAGACGGAUCCGUUGAGCUUAUGGUUCACCGAAGAGAUCUCUACGACGACCACUUUGGUGUCGCGGAAGCACUUAAUGAGCCGGGAGUUGAUGGUAAAGGUCUUCAGAUUAGAGGAAAGUUUUGGGUUCUCUUCACAAGUAUAGCCGAAGCGGCGGAAGCGCACAGAGAGAUGGCGUAUGAUAUUCUUCUCGAGCCUUCAUUCACUUUUGCCAAAUAUAGCGGUUCUCCUGAAGAAUAUGUGAAGAGCCAUAAAACCCAAUACUCGGGUCUAACGAAAGAAUUGCCAAAAAAUGUUCACUUAUUAACGUUAGAGCAAUGGAAG